AUGUUGUCACGUUCGUUCCGCCGCCCCACACUCUAUGUAUCUCGGGCAUGGUACGCAUCUCGUCGAGGAGUUCAUUACUACAGCACUACCACUGCUACAAUCCAAGACAAACGACAGCAAGCACUUGAUGGUGGUGGCAGGGAUAAACGCGAUGCACAGCAUGCAAAGGGAAAAUUGACAGCGCGUGAACGACUCGAUUUGUUGCUUGACCAAGGGUCCUUUCGAGAAUACGAUGCUUUCGUCGAACACCAGUGUACUGAUUUUGGGAUGUCAGAGAACAAGAUAGCAGGCGAUGGUGUUGUGACAGGACAUGGCACUAUCCAUGGGCGACGUGUCUUUGUAUAUAGUCAAGAUUUUACCGUGUUCGGUGGCAGUCUUUCACGUACCAACGCUGACAAGAUCUUAAAAGUGAUGGAUCAGGCUAUGGUGGUGGGUGCACCUGUUAUCGGUUUACAAGAUUCAGGAGGAGCACGUAUUCAAGAAGGUGUGGAUUCUUUGUCUGGCUAUGCCGAUAUCUUUCAGAAAAAUGUCCUUGCUUCAGGGGUUGUUCCUCAAUUGUCGUUGAUUAUGGGUCCUUGUGCUGGCGGGGCUGUCUAUUCACCAGCAUUGACCGAUUUCACAUUUAUGGUGCGAGACACAUCUCAUAUGUUCGUUACGGGACCAGAUGUCGUGAUGGCUGUGACCAAUGAACAUGUCACCCAAGAAGCUUUAGGUGGUGCUAAAACGCAUACAUCCAAGAGCGGUGUAGCACAAAACGCAUACAGCAACGACAUGGAAGCAUUGCAACGAAUGCGUGAUUUAUUUGAUUAUCUACCGCUAUCGAAUCGUGAUCCUGCUCCCAUUCGAGAAUAUGAAGAUCCUGUGGAUAGACAAGACGAAGCGUUGGAUACCAUUGUUCCUUCAAACCCCAACAUUGCUUAUGACAUGCGAGAAGUUAUCAACAGGAUCGCCGAUCGUCACUCAUUCUUUGAAGUUUCUCCUGAUUUCGCACCCAAUAUCUUGGUUGGCUUUAGCAGGAUGGCAGGUCAAACGGUGGGCAUGGUAGCAAAUCAACCUUUGAUAUCCUCGGGUGCGCUCGAUAUGGAUGCAUCUAUCAAGGCUGCACGCUUCAUUCGUUUUUGUGACGCUUUCAAUAUUCCACUUGUUUCCUUGGUUGACGUACCAGGAUUCCUCCCUGGGACCACACAAGAACAUGGCGGCAUUAUUCGACAUGGUGCAAAGCUACUAUACGCGUAUUGCGAGGCUACAGUUCCCAAGUUGACUGUGAUUACGAGGAAGGCCUAUGGUGGGGCCUAUAUUGUUAUGAGCUCUAAGCACUUGCGUGGUGAUUAUAACGUUGCAUGGCCCAGUGCUGAAAUAGCCGUUAUGGGUGCAGAGGGAGCUGUCAAGGUGAUCUUCCGCAAUAGACCUGAUCAAGACAAGUUGCAAGCAGAGUAUAAAGAGAAGUUUACCACACCACUCGCAGCUGCUCGUAAAGGAUACCUGGAUGAUAUUAUUGAACCAAGGACGACUCGCUCGCGAUUGAUAGAACAGCUGAAUUUGCUUCAAAGGAAAUCACUUCAAAACCCAUGGAAGAAGCAUGGUACUAUGCCAUUAUGA